AUGGUCAAGGAGACUAAGUUAUAUGAUGCUCUUGGCGUCACGCCAACUGCGACAGACCAAGAGCUCCGAAAGGCGUACAAGACUGGUGCCCUGAAGUGGCAUCCCGAUAAGAAUGCACACAACCCAACUGCCGAGGAGAAGUUCAAGGAGAUAUCACAUGCCUACGAGAUCCUCUCCGAUCCCCAGAAGCGCAGCGUCUACGAUCAAUAUGGCGAAGCUGGUCUGGAGGGCGCCGCCGGAGGUGGGGGCAUGGCCGCCGAGGAUCUCUUCGCCCAGUUCUUCAGCUCCGGCUCCUUCGGCGGCGGCCUGGGUGGCAUGUUUGGUGGCAUGGGAGGCGCUUCCCGCGGCCCGCCCAAGGCGCGGACCAUCCACCACACCCACAAGGUAUCCCUCGAGGACAUUUAUCGAGGUAAAAUCUCGAAGCUCGCACUACAACGCUCCGUCAUCUGUGCCAAGUGCGAAGGCCGAGGUGGCAAGGAGGGCGCUGUCCGACGCUGCCCCGGCUGCGAUGGCCACGGUAUGAAGACCAUGAUGCGACAGAUGGGUCCCAUGAUCCAACGGUUCCAAACCGUCUGCCCCGACUGCAAUGGUGAGGGUGAGAUCAUCAAGGAGAAGGAUCGCUGUAAGGCUUGCAACGGCAAGAAGACCGUCGUCGACCGGAAAGUACUCCACGUGCACGUUGAUCGCGGAGUGAGAAGCGGCACCAAGGUGGAAUUCCGGGGCGAGGGUGACCAGGCUCCUGGUGUCCAGGCCGGGGACGUGGUCUUCGAGAUUGAGCAGAAGCCCCACCCUCGGUUCACCCGAAAAGAAGACGAUAUCCUCUACCGAGCUGAGAUCGAACUCGUCACCGCGCUAGCUGGCGGCACCGUUUACAUCGAGCAUCUCGAUGAUAGGUGGCUAAAUGUAGAGAUCCAGCCUGGCGAAGCCAUCGCGCAAGAUGCCGUGAAGAUGCUGCGCGGGCAAGGUAUGCCAUCUCACCGGCACCACGACUUCGGCAACAUGUACAUACAAUUCUCCGUCAAGUUCCCCGACCGUAAUUGGACGGCAGAUCCCGCAGCUUUCGAGGCCCUGCGAAAGAUACUCCCAGCCCCGUCGCUGCAGAACAUCCCUCCCACGGACGCCAUGACAGACAGCGUCGAACUCGAGGACUUGGACAACCAGGGACAGGCUCGGGCGUUUGGCGGUCAGAACGGUAUGGAGGAGGACGAUGAGGACGGCCACCCUCACGGAGAACGGGUGCAGUGCGCCCCGCAAUAAACACGGAACGACUGUUUUAGGGAUACCAAACUCCUUCAGGACUCGACGUCUACUAACCCUGCGAGGGUUCUCGUGGUUAUCGAGCCAGUAGAAAAAAAAACUACAUUCCCGGCGUAAUGUUUUUGCGGAACCAGAGUCGGGGAAUGGAUUGGCAUGGUUAAGAAGAGGGAUGCCGAGGUAGGUUGAUACGCGCUCGACGAAGGGACAGCCCGCGUCUCGCUUAGUGGAGAGGGUAGGUGACUCUGUUUGCGGCUAUUUCUCUAUCUACCCAUCCACCAUUGACCACACCGGGCGUCAUCCCCUCGUGACGCUUUUUUACGAGCUGGCGUUAAGACGGAUCAUAGAG